ACUAAACGGACGACGCCGCUGACGACGGAAACGGCAAGGGCGGAUGAGUGUUGCGCGAGUUUAAUGGUUUUUUCGCUCCCGAAAAGCCAGUUUCUCCACAUUUCGUUAAAUAUAUUUAAGAAUUUUUAACCAAAAUCGACGCAAUUUCCGCCUGGAGAAAUGCAGUUGCAAGUGUAAUGUGCGGGAGUGGUGUGGAAUAAGGAAUAAGCGAGCAGGAAAAAGUCACGCGUGUGAUGUGUUGUUGUGGCUGCUACGAAUCGAAAAAAAAAGUCAAAUCCAAAAGGCAAAGUGCAAAAGGCAGUCAAAAAUUAACACCAGACAAGUCGACAACUAGACAAACCCAGAAUUUCGGAAAAAAAUUAUAAAAGGUGUUAAGUGAAAUAAUGUGCAUUUAGAGGUGGAAUCGCGACGCAAAAGGCCCAAAGCAUCGCCAGCAGGCAGCAGCAGUCGCUAAACAUAUUGAACGUAGUGUGGCCAAGGCAGUAGAAGUAGUGCCGUUGUUGUUGGUCGUGUGUAUUUCUUUGUUUUGUUUGGUUUUCGUGUUCCCCCGCUCCAUAUCUCCUGUCGCGCUCACACUCGUUCGCUUCUGAGUGUUGGUGCGUGCGUGUGCAAGUGUGCAAGGACAACAAAAACGCACUUCAUUGGAAGAGGAAGCGAUUGAGUGCAUCAACAGCUGUGGCGGCGCUGCAACUGCAACGCUCCUACAACCACAACAACAACAACGAUGGACACAUUUCGCAAGUGGCUGAACAAACCCAAGGCCGAUGACAAGUCGCUGCUGGCGCGCUUUUUCCAUGCCGAUCGAUCGCUGACGGCGGUGGCCAGCGAACUGGACAGCUUCGAUGGACGGGCAGAGCCGGAUCGAUGCUCCCGAUUGGUCAGCAGACUGCGACAGAAUCAGGACAAGGUGCUGUCGAUCACGAAUCUGAUUAUGGAGGAGCUGCUCGGCGAGGAUCGUGAUCCGCGCGCAUUUCGCGCCAAGUUCCCAGAGGAAGUGCUGCAGGAGAAUCUCGCCGGACAGCUGUGGUUCGGCGCCGAGUGCCUGGCGGCCGGCUCUUCGAUCAUGAAUCGUGAGGUGGAGAGCAAGGAGAUGCGACCUCUGGCCCAGGCCGUCACCAAGAGUCUGGGCAAUGUGCGGGUCCUCCUCAGAGAUCAAUGCCUGCGGAAUAAUGUCCCCAACAGCAAGACCCUCCAUCUGGACCUCAACGACUACACCACCGAGCAGCUGUACGAAAGCUUGAAGAUCUUCGAUCGCCUCUUUGCCGAGUUCGAGCUGAGCUACGUGAGCGCCAUGGUGCAGGUGAAAUCCCGGCACGAGUACGAGAUGCAGCAGUGGAUCGGUGUCCUCUUCUCGGAGACGCUGCAGCGUGCCCUGAAGAUCGGUCUGCUCGAUCAGGAUAUGGUGGAUGCCUUCGAUCCGGGUCUGAUGUUCUCCAUUCCACGUCUGGCCAUUGUCGCCGGUCUUGUGGUCUAUGCCAAGGGGCCGCUCGAUAUGGAUAUGCCGGGGGAUCAGCUGUCGGAGAUGUUUCGUCCGUUUCGCACGAUCCUGAUCAAGAUACGGGAUCUCCUGAGGAACCUCAACAACCAGGAGCUCUAUCAAUUGGAGAAACUCUUGUGCACCAAUGAGGAUAUCAACACAAAGGUGCCUGUGGGCUCCAGCAGCAUAGAGGCACCCACUCCAGAGCAUAGCUCCACUCCGACAACAAGCAGCAACAAUAACAACAACAACAAGAGCAGCAGCAGCAGCAGUGGCACUGGCAGUGGCAGUGGUGCUGGAACUGUGGAGCGACUGGUAGAUCAGCGGAAUAACAACAACAAUCAGCAGAAUAGCAACGAAUCAACGACGUUGCCGCCACGCUCUCCGUCCAUGUUAUCGCUAUCGGCCAGCAGUACGCCCACAGCAUCGCCGGCACCAUCGCCAACGCCCUCGCAUUCGAUUGCCUCCACGACAUCGUCGGCGGCCAGCAGCAACUCUACACAUCCCCCAGCCGAUUGGUCAGACGGCGAUGACGAAGAUGAGGAUGAGGAGGAGGAUGAGGAGGAGGACGAACUGGAGGAUACAGAGGAUGAUACAGACGAGGAGCAGCUGCUCAAAGACAUUGUGGCCGCGGAUUGUGCCUCUGGGUAUCUUAUACCCAACACGAAUCUGGGAAAUCUACUGCAACCGCAACAGGUUCCACUCACGGAUAACUUCGUGGCCAGCGAAGAUGAUGAUGAGUACGGAACGGGGGACCAGCAGCAAGAGCAGCCGCAGCAGCAGGGUCACAGAAAGGAGGAUGAGGAGGAGCCCAGUACGAGCGCUGCAUUGCAGCGGCUGCGUCUAGCCAGCAGCGAUGACAGCGAACCACACAGAGACCAAGGAGAGACAAUCAAAUCGACAGAGGAACAGGAACAGCAGCAGCAGCAGCAGGAACAGCAGACCCUCCAGAGCAGCCGCCAACGGCAUAGUCACAGUCACAGUCACAGUCAUCGCCAUCAUCAUCGCCACCACCACCACCACCAUCACUCGACGCACCAGCAACAGCUGCAACACCAGCCACACCAUCAUCAACCGCAUCCACAUCGUCUGACACGCAGCGGACGUAAGCGGUGCAGCAUGGAGGCCGCCGUGGAGGUGGAACAGCAGGAGCAGGGCCUGGCCAGUGGCGACACUAGUGCCGCAUCCUCGCUCUCCGACGAUGUAUCGCUUGCGAUGCGCAACACCACGGCCCGCCUCAAGUUCAAGAGCACCGAGAACCUACUGCACCGUCUAUUCGUGUGCAUUGCUGGCGUUGCCGAUCAGCUGCAGACGAACUUUGCCUCCGACUUGCGGCAGAUAUUGCGCAGCGUGUUCCUCAUGAAUAUGUCGUCCGUGGAGGAGGAGCAGAUCGAGAUACCGGAAAAGACAAAGGAGUCGGAGCUGUUCGAGUUCCGUGCCUCCGAAAACGAUGUGAUACAGGAGAGCGCCGGCUCCAAUCAAAGCAUUUACUCAGCCGAGGAGGUUAAUCCAGAGCUGGACAAUGUGUUCAGCGCUGGCUCCCGUCACUCUGCCGGCGCCACGAUGCAGCGCAACAACACCAUCGAUAAUCCGAGCAGCAGCAACACCAGUAGCAGUUCCGCCACGACCCGCAACCAUGUGACGCGCAGUCGAAGUCUGGGUGAUCAGGAGACUAUUGCCAGGAGCAUGCCAGCGCCUGUGCACCAGCAGGAGCAGGAGAUGCAACAGCAGCAGGACCACCAGCAGCAGCAGCACCAGCAUCAAGUUCAAGUGCAACUGCAGCGUCAGCGCAACAAUUCCGUGGGCAGCAAUACCCCCUCCAGCGCCUCAUCGACCAGUUCCAGCUCCGAACAGAAUUCCCCCGUGAGCACACGAAGCGGCAGCAGCCGUCGCCGCCUGCAGAGCAACAACGAAACCCAAAUGCCUUCGUCCACAUCGACAGCAACAGCCGCGGCAACACUUGCGCCGCCAGCCUGGAUACCCGAUGGCAAGGCGCCACGUUGCAUGUCCUGCCAGACGCCCUUCACUGCCUUCCGGCGCCGUCAUCACUGUCGCAACUGUGGCGGCGUCUUUUGCGGUGUCUGCUCGAAUGCGACCGCCCCACUGCCCAAAUACGGCCUCACGAAGGCGGUGCGCGUCUGUCGCGACUGCUAUGUGCGCGAAGUCCAGGUCCGCUCCUCCUCCACCACCACAAGCGUCAGCGUCAAUGUUGGCGUUCAGAUGCAGAGCCAGGCUGGACGAGUGCAGACGGCGACCGCCUCUUAGGACCGGCCAUUGGCGCUUUGCGGCGCAGCUGAUGACCAAAAAAUAAGUGACGCGAGCGGACGACGGCGAGGACGAGGGCGAGAAGAUGGAAAAGCAAACUGUGAAACGCAAUUGUUCUACAAAAAUUGUUUUCUUUAUUUGAUACGUAAUCCUAAACCUAAAUCCAUGCACAAAGCGAGAGCUUGCAUAAAUAGAUCGAUCAGAUAUAUAUACUAUAUAUAAAUGACUAUACAUAAUCAAUGAAUUAUGUAUA